GCCCUGGGCGAGACAGGUGACUUGUACCUGUGGGGAUGGAAUGAGUCUGGACAGCUUGCUUUGCCUUCCAAAACCUUGUCUGAGGAUCAAGCAGCCACCAGGACAGCAGAGGCUAGCAGAGGUGACUCAGAACAGAAUUUGGACCAGCAGGAAGUGGUGCAAGAUAUCCACCAAGCCACCUUCAUUUCCAUCCAAGCUUUCCCUGCUUUGGUAGAGAUGCCUCAUGGGGAAGAAAUCAGCAAGAUCAGCUGUGGAUCACGACAUACUGCUGCGGUGACAUGCACUGGACAUCUUUACACCUGGGGAUGGGGUAAAUAUGGGCAACUGGGACACCAAGAAACAGCCAGCUCUGAUGAGCCAAGGAGGGUUUGCUACUUUGUGGACCGAAACCUUUGUAUAGUUGAUGUGGUAUGCGGACCAUGGACCACCUAUACACUGGCUGUGGACCGAUAACAGCUGGAAUGACAGCAAAACCAUGUCUUUGAUAACAUCUUCCUUAGCAGCGCGAACUACCUUCAACUUUGCUCAAGAGUGCUACAAGGCCUUCCCGUACAUCAGGUUUUAUAUUUUGCUUGCAGCUGCUUCUUCACCCUUGCACUGGAGCACUGCAGCCAUUGCAUCAAUGGGAAGAAAGCAGUGUUUAAUCACCAUUCACACAACCACUGCAGAAUCAUAAUAUAUAUUUUGGUCUGAUGAACACAGAAUCUUAGUAUACUCAUAUACAGCAUUAAAUUGCACAAGACAGACAAAA